AUGGAAAACAGAAGCUUGCGUGAACAAAUUGCUGCCAUGAGGCAAUCCUUCCUUGAUGAGGAGAUUUUGGACACACAGUUCAUUCAACUGGAGGAGCUAUCGGACAAAGACGAACCCAGCAUUGCAGAGGAGGUGGUGACCUUGUACUUCAGGGAGACGACUGAACUGCUACCUAAUCUUGAGGAGGAUAUGAAAGCUACCCCGAUUGACUUCCCUAAACUAGACAGGAUCUUGCAUAGGCUUAAGGGCAACAGCGCCAGCAUUGGUGCUAGCAAAGUUCGAAAUGAGAUCAACAAAACAAUGGCGCUUUUGGAGGAAGGGAACGUGGAAGGGGCAAAGGCCGCCUUCGAGCAGGUGCGAAAGGAGCAUGAUACUCUCAAAGCCAAGCUCGAGACCUAUUUUCAGCAACUGAGGCAAGCAGGCCCUGUUGACCCAGCUACGCCUUCCAAGUGAAGCGGUCGCGCUAAAGCUGGAGAUAGAACCUGGUAUUUGGUGGCCCCAUUGCUUCAAGCAAAU